CCCAUCACGUACACGUUGCGUCCAAUGAAUACUGCCAUCCAGGAUUUCGGCGCGGGCUCGAGCAAGUCUGGCAAUAACAACAACUCAUCAAGUGGAUCUGACAGUAGAUCGAAUAACAACAAUUCGUCUAAUUCGAAUUCUAGCAAUAACAACAACAGCAACAACAACAACAGCUCCUCGAACAGUAGCAGCAAUUCUUCAAGCUCAUACUCAAACGUAGCGAGCGGGAACAGCAACAGCAGCAAUAACAACAGCAACUCGAACUCGAAUUCCAACUCUUCAAGCAACAACAACAACAACAGAAGCUCAUCUCCAGCCCGAGCUUCAAACAACAACUCUUCCAACUCAAACUCAAACUCCUCAAGCAACAACAACAACAGCUCAUCGUUCGGCUCAAGCAACAACAACAACAAUAGCUCAUCAUCCGGCUCAAGCAACAACAACAACAAUAGCUCAUCCUCCGGCUCAAGCAACAACAACAAUAACAAUAACUCCUCAUCAAACAGCAACAAGCAAACCGGCGGCAUGAACUCAAUGGGCGGAAACUCCCGAGGCGGAAACAACUCCAACUCUGGCGGAGGAUCCUCGUACGGCGGGUCUUCCUCUGGCGGGUACGGAGGAGGGUCCUCCCACAGCAACAACUCGUCGUCCAUGGGCUCCUCGUCUGGAGGUUACGGAGGAUCGUCGGGCGGAUCUGGAGGCGGGUCAUCCUACGGUGGUAGCUCGGGUGGGUACGGAGGAGGAAGUCACAGCGGAGGGGGAAGUGGUGGGUACGGGGGAGGUCACUCGUCUGGAGGUAGCAGUGGAGGAAGCUACGGUGGCGACCGGGGAGGAGGAUAUGGAGGAUAUGGCGGAAGCUCGGGAGGUAGUGGAGGUGGGUAUGGUGGUGGAGGAGGACGAUCUGGAGGUGGAGGGUAUGGGGGAUCCUCGAACAACAACUCUGGUGGCGGUGGUGGAUCCAAGUUCACGACAGACAGAAAGAUGGAUGUCGCCUAUGAGGCAGGAUUCAAGGAUGCUAUGGAGAAGGUCAAGGGUGACAUGAUGAGACAGUUCAAUAACUGAGAUAUUAAUGUCGACGACAGUAAAGCAUUAUGAGGGAUGAAACGGUACCCUUCUCGCCGGCAUGAGUUUGGAUUGUUAUGAUACCUGUUGACAAGGCUGGGUUCAAGAGGCGUUUGGCUUGUUGUCCUUGACGGCUUGAUUUGCACACUCUUGAUAUGAGGACCAGCUAGGAAUAGUUUUCAUACUGCAUAAUUCUUACAUGACUGCUAUGGCUUCAAGCAAUCACAUAUUCUUCAUUCUCUCGAUGAAGCGAGGUGUGCCCCAGGCUUGACGUUCGAUCGGCGUUCAUCUUGGGCAUCGCAAUCGACGCGAGCUGAAAGAAGCGGCGGUCAUAGUCUGUUCCACUCGGCGGGGUAUCAUGCAGGUCCACGGGACGAUCUGUCAGCUCCUUUCCUGGUUGAGUAAUAAGUUCCAGCACAUGUGGAAUUCCAACCUGGUUGUGGAUGCUGCUGUCAACCGGUAGGUGUGAACUUCGAUUUAGCUCUUAUGCGUGCGCCGUAUUUGUAGAAAAGAAUUGGUGCCGGCACGAAUGCGAGGCAGAUGAAUCCGAGCACGCUCGUCGCCCAAGGUACGCCCAGAUUAUGGAACAUAUAUGGCGCAAAAAGUGGGAAGACAGCUCCAGCUAUCGAUCUGACGAAGGUAUUGACAGCGAUGGCACUAUUGCUGUAGAAGCCAUAGCAGUCGAUGAUGUAAUUCAUGCUGAGGCUAUGACCUGCGACACCCAAAGCGUAGACGGCGAAGAACUGCAUGCCCACCAGAAGAAAGCGAUUGGAAGUAUGACUGCGCAGAUCAUGAUCGUCUCGACAUUCUGAGCGACCGCGAGGGGAAUUUGGAAAAUGGCGAAGUCAUCCGAUAUGGGUUCGAUGGCGACGGAUCAAGCCCAUGGAAAGCGUCGCUGCCGUCUUCCUCUUUAUGCUG